AUGUCCAAGGGACCCAUCACGCACCGCCGCAGCGCCGCUGCCGACCUGCGCGCGUUGCUCAAGGGCAGCGCGCACACCAAGGCAGAGUUCCUCGCAACCGGUGCUGUGGACUUUCUGGUCGACGCUCUGCAGCAAGCUGACGAUGGGAAGGUGCGCGAGCACGCGGUUACCGCGCUGUUCAACGUGGCGUUACACCCGGGGGCGACGCCGGUGCUGGUGGCGUGCGGGGGAAUCGAGGCGGUCGUGGGGGUGCUGAGAAGGGGCGGGUCCAUGGGCACGCGAGAGAACGCUGCAGCGACGCUCUUCAACCUGUCGAUUGCCGAUGGGGCGGCUGAUAAGGUGCGUGCAGCAGGCGCAGUGCCUCUGCUGGUCGAUCUCCUUCGCACGGGCAGCACAAGAGGGCGGAAGGAUGCUGCACUGGUACUGUUUAACCUGUCAAGGGAUGAGGAUGGGGCCAAGGAGCUGGUGACAGCAGGAGCAGUGGAGGUUCUGGUAGAUCUGUUGACGUUUCGAGAGGUGGGGCUGGUGGAAAAGGUGAUGGCGGUGACAGCGAAUGUGCUCGCUUGGCAAACCACCGUGCCUUUCUCCUUCCUCCCCACUCAAUCCCACUAUGGUUAUUGGAAGAUAGGGAUGUAG